AAAACGAUCUCUUAAUCAACUCAUACCUUUCUCUUUAUCCAAGUUCUCCUCUUAUUGUUGCUGGAAUAUUCUCAACUUUCAUUGGAAAUAGCAGACAUGGCAACUUAUCAUAUUCGUGACGUUGAUAACCGUGUAGAGGGGCGUCUCGCUCUUGUCACAGGAGCCAGUGGUGGGAUCGGUUCAGCUAUUGCCAGAGCUCUUGCAGAAGAGGGUUGCGAUGUUGUACUGCAUUGCAAUGCCAGUCUGCAUAAAGUCGAGGCUUUGUCUAAAGAACUAACAUCAGCUCACCCUGGUCAACUCUUCCCUUGUGUCUCCGCCGAUCUCAGUUCUCGCGAUGAAACUCGCGGCUUGGUCGACAAGGUCUUUCAAAGCUCGAGCAUCUCCGCCAAGCACAAAGCAGUAUCCAUUCUCGUCGCGAAUGCUGGUCUCGGCAGGCGCAUCCGAGACAUCCAGAAUAUCGAAGAAGAUGACUGGGACUCGGUCAUGGAAGUCAACGCGAGGAGUCAGUUUGUGGUGGUGAAGGCCUGCUUGCCUGCUAUGAGGGCGCAAAGCUGGGGCCGUGUGAUUCUGGUCGGAAGUAUUGCGAGUACCGGUGGUGGUAUUAAUGGGUGCCAUUAUGCGGCAACCAAGGGAGCUCUGAGCUCGAUGGGCAAGAAUCUUUCAACUGUCUUGGCUGGCGAGGGAGUCACAGUCAACACUAUUCUUCCCGCAAUGAUUGGCUUUACAGACAUGAUCCCAACGCCAAAAGAAACAACAUGGACAAGAAAAACUGAUCUGGAGGAACUCAAAGAAACAGAUCCAGGCCUGGCAAUUGCAGCAAGCGUCCCAGUACGCCGCCUGGGCCAUCCUCAAGAAGUUGCCAACAUCGCUGUCAUGAUGGCAAAAACUGGAUAUCUCACAGGGCAAGAUAUCAUCUUGUCUGGUGGUUUGAAGUAGACCCAUAGUUUCUCAAGGCUCUGUGCGUAUAACUCUGUCAAUUAAGGUGCGACAAAGACCAAAAAGAACAUACAACACCGGGGAUUCGCUGGUCGUCACCGACCCAACUACUAAUCCGGCGCUUCGCAGCUUGACGAUGGGGAGCGGACGGGACCCCGUAUUCUCUACGAGCUUUGGUCGUAUGUGGUUGGAGGUCGGAGUAAUGUCCGUUAUAAAGGAGGAACCAGACAGAUGGGAGGAGUGUACAGUGGUGAAUAACGGGCCUGGGUGUUCCCUUUCCCUAGCUGAGAUAUAAAAAGAGACUGUUGAAACACCAAGGUGUUUACCUACAAUAA